AUGGAUUUGCUUAUGAUUUUUACUGUGUUUACGAUUUAUUUUUAUUACCUUUUUUUAAGAUGGCUUGCAUUGCCUGUAGACGUGCGUGAAUUCGUGAAACAGAAUGUUGUGCAGACGCUUGGUACGGAGCAGUUUAGGCCGUCGGUUGCAGCGCAAUGUGUUGCAGCAAUAGCAUGUGCUGAAAUUCCCGAAGAGUUAUGGCCGAAUGUCAUAGAUCAUUUGAAAAAUAAUGUGAUAACGAGUAACAAUGAAGUUUUACGAGAGUCUUCCUUGGAGGCAUUAGGCUAUAUUUGUCAAGAUAUUUCUGGGACAAAGCUAGAAUCACAGGCUAAUCUCAUUCUAACAGCCAUUGUACAUGGAUUGCGAAAAGAUGAACCCUCAAAUCACAUUCGUCUUGCAGCAGCUAAUGCUAUGAUGAAUUCACUGGAAUUUACAAAAGAAAAUUUCAACAGAGAAGUUUGUUCUUCGUUUUUUCCGCUUUUUUUUCCAUUGGUAGUCACUGAUGAUCUUAGAUAUUAUACAGUUAGUAAAAGAAAGCUAAAUUCAAAAAUGGCACUUCUAGUUUUACCAUAA